AUGGGUAAGGAAGAAAAGACUCACAUUAACCUGGUCGUUAUCGGCCACGUCGAUUCCGGCAAAUCCACUACCACUGGUCAUUUGAUCUACAAGUGCGGUGGUAUUGACAGCCGUACCAUUGAGAAGUUCGAGAAGGAAGCUGAAGAGUUGGGCAAGAAAUCCUUCAAGUAUGCGUGGGUUCUUGACAAACUGAAGGCUGAGCGUGAACGUGGUAUCACCAUCGACAUUGCUCUCUGGAAAUUCGAGACCCCCAAGUACAAUGUCACUGUCAUUGACGCCCCUGGCCAUCGUGAUUUCAUCAAGAACAUGAUCACUGGUACUUCCCAGGCUGAUUGUGCUAUUCUCAUCAUUGCUGCCGGUACUGGUGAGUUCGAGGCUGGUAUCUCCAAGGAUGGUCAGACCCGUGAGCAUGCUCUGCUCGCUUUCACUCUAGGAGUGAAGCAGCUUAUCGUCGCCAUCAACAAGAUGGAUACCACUAAGUGGUCCGAGACCCGAUUCAAUGAAAUUAUCAAGGAAGUCACCAAUUUCAUUAAGAAGGUCGGAUAUAACCCCAAGACUGUUCCUUUCGUUCCCAUUUCUGGUUUCGAGGGUGACAACAUGAUCGAGCCCUCUGCCAACUGCCCAUGGUACAAGGGCUGGUCCAAGGAGACUGCUCAGGGCAAGUACUCUGGCAAGACCCUUCUUGAGGCCAUCGACGCCAUUGAGCCCCCCACCCGUCCUACCGAUAAACCUCUCCGUCUUCCCCUCCAGGAUGUCUACAAGAUCUCCGGUAUUGGCACUGUUCCUGUCGGACGUGUUGAGACUGGAGUCAUCAAGCCCGGUAUGGUCGUGACCUUCGCUCCCGCCAACGUCACCACUGAAGUCAAGUCCGUCGAAAUGCACCACCAGCAGCUUACCGCCGGUAACCCCGGUGACAACGUCGGCUUCAACGUCAAGAAUGUUUCCGUCAAAGAAGUCCGCCGUGGUAACGUUGCCGGUGACUCUAAGAAUGAUCCCCCAAAGGGCUGCGAUUCCUUCAAUGCCCAGGUCAUCGUCCUCAACCACCCUGGUCAGGUUGGCGCUGGUUAUGCCCCAGUCCUCGACUGCCAUACUGCCCACAUUGCCUGCAAAUUCGCUGAGCUCCUUGAGAAGAUUGAUCGACGAACCGGAAAGUCUGUUGAGAACAACCCCAAGUUCAUCAAGUCCGGUGAUGCUGCUAUCGUCAAGAUGAUUCCUUCCAAGCCCAUGUGCGUUGAGGCUUUCACUGAGUACCCCCCACUUGGACGUUUCGCUGUCCGUGACAUGAGAAGAACUGUUGCUGUCGGUGUCAUCAAGUCCGUCGUCAAGUCUGACAAGGCUGGCGGUAAGGUUACCAAGGCUGCCCAGAAGGCCACCAAGAAAUAA